GAAAACAAACAAACAUAAAAUAUAUACUUGUACAAUUAACAGUGCCUUUCAAUCAUCAGUCAUUGCAGGAACGGGUCAUGGAACAUGUUUUAACAAAAAGCUGUGGUGAGAUGUUAAAGGGUCUGAACAUACGGAUCUAAUUUGGGGUGCGAUGUACAAUGUGUUCUUAUAUUUUCAGCAUGACUCAGCAUUUACUCCUCAAGUCUGUGCUCUCUGUACUAUAAUGCUAUGUACAGACCUUCAAACAGAUAACAGACUUAACUAAAAUUGUUUUAGCAGGUGAGAAACUCCAAUUUUGCAAUGCAACAUUUUAUUUUCACUCUCAAUAUACUGAGCCUGUCUAAUCAGUCAAGUGUGGUUUUUACUGUUUGUUGUGAUGUUGUUGUUGGUCUGAGGACACACUAGAGAGGAAGCUUGAUUAUGAAGUCAAGAUUAUAGAGAAAAAACAUGUUCCAAAAUGUGCACGUUUACACAAAUCAGACAGAUACAACCACAGGCUGUUUGUCACAUGCACAGGUUUAUAGUCCCCCCAUUUGACCAGCAGGCAGCCGAUAUAGAUGUAUUGGGGGUGGGGCCACACCAGCAACACAUGCCAUGAUGUAACAACGUCAUGGCAGUAUUUAAAGAGGUGGCUCUCUUCCCCAUACUGCUGAUUCCUGACCAUUCACUGAUUCAUAGGGUCACUUGGAGAGGCAUUUUACCAGGCAACUUCUGCAAAUCAAAUCACGGAUUUGGAGUAUGAUUUUAAGGCUCAUCACUUCUGAAAAAUAUUCUAUGGAAAAACAAGGAAAACUAUUUAUAGCUGGGACAAAAUUCAGUCCGAGGGACACCUUUAGAGAAUCCUGAUCUCUAAUGUUUCUGUCCUAAACAUGCUCCAAUAAAGAUUUUGAAGGAACUUCUUGUCCUGUCCACAUUAAUAAGCCACCUGUCUACCCAUAUACUGACCAAAUUAAUUCUGGAAAAUGGUUGGAUUUGGACCUGCAGAUGUGCCUCCAUCAGCAGCUGUGAAGUUUGUAGGAGCAGGAACUUCAGCCUGCAUCGCUGACCUGCUCACCUUUCCCCUGGACACAGCCAAAGUGCGGCUGCAGAUCCAAGGAGAGGCCAGAGCUUCAGCAGCUACAGGGAAAGAGUCUGUAGUGAAGUAUCGUGGAGUGUUUGGCACCAUCACCACCAUGGUGCGUAUCGAGGGGCCCAGGAGCCUUUACAGUGGACUGGUGGCAGGACUACAGAGGCAGAUGAGCUUUGCCUCUGUCCGCAUUGGUCUCUACGACUCUGUAAAACAGUUCUACACUAAAGGCUCUGAUCAUGUUGGUAUCGGCAGUCGGCUGCUUGCAGGUAGUACCACUGGUGCCAUGGCGGUUGCUUUUGCUCAGCCUACAGAUGUGGUGAAAGUCCGCUUCCAGGCACAGGCCAGGUCUCCUGGGCAUGCCAGACGCUACUGUAGCACCAUUGAUGCUUACAAGACCAUUGCUAAGGAAGAAGGCAUUCGUGGUCUGUGGAAAGGUACAGCUCCAAACAUUGCACGAAAUGCAAUUGUUAACUGCACUGAACUGGUGACAUAUGAUUUCAUCAAGGAUACACUUGUUAAGUCCACUCCCCUGACAGAUAAUCUGCCCUGCCACUUUGUAUCAGCCUUUGGUGCAGGGUUAUGCACAACAGUGAUUGCCUCUCCAGUUGAUGUGGUCAAGACAAGAUAUAUGAACGCUGCUCUUGGCCAGUACAGCAGUGUGCUCAAUUGUGCUGCUGCCAUGAUGAGCAAAGAGGGGCCGCAUGCCUUUUAUAAAGGGUUCAUGCCAUCUUUUUUACGCCUGGGCUCCUGGAACGUGGUGAUGUUUGUAACAUACGAGCAGCUGAAACGGGCCAUGAUGGCAGCGAAUCACAACUGCACAACUAUACUGUAACCAUUAUUGUCUGUCAGAAGGCUGAUGUUGUAGCACAGUGGUGUUGUUUACAAAUUUAUUUACCUUCUGUUGCCCCCUAGUGGAUAUUUUAAGACAAUGUAAAAAAAAAGUUACACAAAUUGUGUGUUGAUACCCCUCUCUCUCAUGACAGAAAUGUAACCGCAUUAAUCAUUAGUCACAGGAUAGAAACACAUGUAUUAAAAUGUGAUCAAUAUUUAAAAGCUAGAGCUUGUUUGAUCAGAUGCCUCCUCUCAGCGGAGAGCUUCUCGGGAAAGUGGAUGUCAAAAGUAAUGAUGAGGUUUCCUCUCUGGGAAGGAUCCUGGGACAGCGGCAUUCCCUCUCCGGUCACCACUUUUUUGUAUGCAGGGCUGAUGUGUUAUGACAAACAAAUCAGAGACAAUGGAAACUGAUGCAGAUAAACCCCAAACAUAUCUUUUUAGAAAUGUCCUUGUUUAAGUGUAAAGUUAAUAUAAAGUGCUUGAAUUUCUAAUGAUCGUCUAUCCCUGUUCUGAUCUUAAUGUUUAAAUCAUUCAUUCAGCUUUUAGAGUAUCUGAGAUUAAUGUCAAAUCAAUAGCAUUACAAAAUAAAGUUUUAUACAUGAA